CCUGUCGGGGAGGACGUGUCCGCCUCCACUUCGGCCGCCAGGAUCCGGAGAGAGCUACACCUCCAGGUCCAAACCAACGACAUCCCCGAGGUCCACUUCAGCACCCUGAAGAACCAGGAGCUGUGGCAGAGCACGUAUUUCCCGGCUAAAGCUAGAGCCGCGGUCAAAACCGGGAGGAAGCACGGCCAGGCGAGCGGCGAGGGCGUGAGCAAGCCCCAGGUCCUGAACUUCGAUGAGAGGACAAUGAAAAAGGCGAGAAGGAGACAGUGGAGCGAGCCCAGGGUUUGCUCCAGACGCUACCUCAGGGUGGACUUCGCUGACAUCGGCUGGAGCGAGUGGGUGCUGGCACCGAAGUCUUUUGAUGCCUAUUACUGUGCCGGCACAUGUGGAUUCCCCAUACCUAAACUUGCACAUCCCUCCAAUCAUGCCACCAUCCAGAGUAUCGUCCGAGCGGUAGGAAUCAUCCCCGGGGUUCCCGAACCGUGCUGCGUCCCAGACAAGAUGAGUCCCCUCAGCGUCCUCUUCCUGGACCCGGACCAGAACAUGGUCCUGAAGGUCUACCCUGGGAUGUCCGUGGAUACGUGUGGCUGCCGAUAGGACCGCCCAAGCCUCUGAGGAGCGGGGAGGAUGAAGAGACAGUGAGGAAGACUAUACAGCAGACGCUAAAUGUGAAGGAAACCACAUGUCAGGGGGGAGGAACUGUUAGAAAUGUUCAGAAUGGGGUGGAAAUGGCUUUUUUUUUCAUCAUAAUUGCUCUUGUUUGUUUUCUGACCUGACUGAACGUUGCCUUAAAGCAUGCUGCUCUGUUAACAGUUCUUAAAGCUAAUGUUUAUUCCUUAUUGUGUUUUCAUUUGUUUCCUUAAAUCAUUUAAAGAAAGAAGGCGUUCCCUGAAACAUGUAAAGUCUUCGUUUUUUUUUUUCUUUUGUAAAAUUUCUCUAGUGAUUCUGUCUUAGCUCAAAGCUUGGCCUGGACUCCAGAGGAGCUGCUGUGGCAGGGUCACCUCAGACUCUUCAGGAAUGACC